GUGACAGAGUACCGUGUCCCUGUCCCCCGUCCCCUGGGCCGCCUGUUGCUGCUGCAGGUGCACAAGGGGCCCUGUGGGGGUCUCCCCGAGAGCUCCUGGUACCUGGAGAGCGUCACCGUGUGGGGACAGCGCGGGGACACCCCCGGGAACACCCCCGGGGACAGUGACGGUGACAGCGACGGUGACAGCGACGGUGACAGUGAUGGUGACAGCGAUGGGGACAGCUGGGACGAGGAGGAGGAGGAGGAGGAGGAUGAAGGUGACAGCGAGGAGGAGGUGGCAGAGGAGGAGGAGGAGGAGGGGACAGGUGACAGCGAGGAGGUGACAGAGGAGGAGGAGCUGGAGGAGGAGCCUGAGGACAGCGCGAGUGACAUCGGCACUGCCAGCACAGGUGACACCUGUGCCACUCCAGGUGACGUCACCCCCACAGGUGACACCGAUGACGUCGCUGACCUGGGGCCCUUCCACUUCCCGUGCUACCGCUGGCUCGAGGGGUACAACACCUGGGAGCUGCCCGAGGGUACAGCCACCACGCCGGCCAUGGAGCGACACCCGCGGCUGCAGCGGCAGCGCCGCCGACACCUGGUGCAACAGCGCCGGCGCUACAG